CGUACACGAAAGUACUUGUAAACAUGGCCACGUGCGUCGUCGCUCGCUUGCUUUACAAUCUGAACAACAGCUCGAAUGUAGAAGAGUGAAACAAUUAUUUUAUGUCUUAUGGUACUUCAUAAGUUCAACCCCCUUAUUCUCCAAAUCAUAAUCAAAAGCUAGCGAACAUCACUAUCGUUAGUCGAUAUGUAUAAGUUUCGAUUUUCGAUUGAUAAAUGACUCAUGCCGGUAAGUCAAACGCAGUGUAAUGACAUCAGCAUGGACAUGUAGUUGAGAAUGACGUUUGCACUGACACGAAAGUAUAUGUGGUAGUAUGACAGUUUCCAGUCAUUUGAUUGUUUGCAAAAGCAGCUCACGUAUUAGUGCCUAUUUAGACCAUUAUUUUACGUUAGGAGAAGUAGGGGUCUAAGAUCAAAGACGUCCCGCUUAAAAAUCAAGUUAUGGCGACGAAUGAAGUAAGUACAAAUGACUUUCAAGUCCAGUACAAACUUUGUGAUUACAAUCCAAAAAUGGUACAAGCCUGGCAGGAGCUCUUCAAAGAUCACGCAGACAGGAUACAGAUACACAACGGGCAUAUAUUUGGGAAAGAUGCUCCAUCUGCUGAUGCUAUUGUCUCUCCAGCGAACAGUUUUGGUUUUAUGGAUGGAGGGAUUGAUAUGGUCUAUACAAGACACUUUGGUUGGCAAAUGCAAGAGCGCCUCCAGGAAGUGAUAAGGAAAGAGUACAAUGGUGAAGUGCUUGUGGGACAAGCAGCCAUAAUCGAAACUUUUGAAGGUGGAGUCAAAGAGGGCUCACUGGAUUGGUCCAAGUACAAUGGUGGCCAGCCAAUCAAGUUUCUCAUCUCAGCACCCACCAUGAGAGUCCCAUUAGAAGUGGCAGACACUGUCAAUGCUUAUCUGGCGUUUCGGGCUGUUAUUCUUGCUGUCAAAAAGCACAAUGCAGUGCCAGCCAAUGAGCCAAUAAGAAGCGUCUUGUGUCCUGGUCUGGGGACUGCUGUUGGAAGGAUGCCUCCUGAACGCUGUGCAUUUCAAAUGUGUAGGGCUUUUGAAGUUUAUGAACUAGGUAUGCACAAAAAUGUUUUGAACCCCACCCACCUGGAGUAUCCCUGUGCAGACCAUGAGACUAUGACACAAUAUGUUUGAAAAGCUGACAAAUAAACCAGGGCCUAUAUUUAUAGAAUACAUUUGACAGGCAGUGAAGCUACAGCAAUGUUCUGCCCAUGUGAUAAUUCUUUCAGCUACAAAAGAAACUUUAAACCUAAUGGCAAGCAAAAUGAAGAAAUUGCCAAACAAACUGGAUUGACUAUUUUUAUUUAUACCUCACAUUUUUGUUUGAACAUCUUAAUAUGUACAGAUCUUACAUAAUUUAUUAAUUUCAUUUGUAAUGAAUAAUGUUAUAUAAUGUAAUAAAAGAAACAGAAUGAAGAGUGAAGCGAGUAGAUAUUUUUACAUUUUUUUCUGUCUCAUCAUGUAUUGUGAUAAUGUAACUCAAUUUUCUUCAGCUUCUUAAUAUUUCACGAGUCUCAGUAUGUUACAGCAGUACGAGUAAUGACAAAUCAACUACCAAAACUGGACUAUGGGUAUAAAGUGUACACUUUAAAUAAAUACUUAAUAUUCAAUUACAAGUGAAGUUUCACUUUUUUCCCCUUUAGGAAAAAAAAUUACAAAAUAGAACAGUUAUGUUAAUCAUGUGUGUG